CAGUGCUACCGCUACCACGUUUAAUUACUACCGUGGAGAACCUUGCUUUGACGCUGACUAGUUACUUUGGAGUUAGCUGCUUAACAGAAGACUCUUCGCUGUGGACCUGGUUUAAGAAUGGCUGAGACGCUAGUACUCAACUCUGUAAUAGGUUUUGGAGGGACAAUUGAAAAUGGCCUCUUGGUGCAUCCCGACGGGCGGACCAUCAUAUACCCACUGGGCAGCACCAUCGUCCUGCGCGACCGAACGGACCCUCGGUCUCAAGAGUUCUUGCAAGGCCAUAGCGACAAGGUUUCCUGCCUUGCGCUGUCGCGGUCGGGCAAGUACCUAGCAACAGGACAAAUCACGUACAUGGGUUUCACAGCGGAUAUCAUCAUUUGGGAUCUUGAGACGAAGCAGCUCUUGCACCGUAUGGCCCUGCACAAGGUGAAGGUCCAAGCGCUUGACUUCUCAUGCGAUGAAAAGUACCUGGCGUCUCUGGGCGGCCAGGACGACAACGCGCUGGUACUGUGGGAUGUACAAACGGGGAACGCCAUCUGCGGAAGCCCCACCGCCACCAACUUCACGACGUGUGUGAAGUUCUUCAACAACAGCAACGACAAGCUCGUGACGGCGGGCAACUUCAACCUCAACGUGUGGACGUACGACGCGAUGAACAUCAAACUCCGGCCGCAGGAUGCCAGCUUGGGGACGCUGAAGCGCGUGUUCAAAACCAUCUGCAUCGACAGCAACGACCAGUACGUGCACUGCGGCACAACCACCGGUGACGUGCUCCAGAUCGCACUGGAGCGCGUGCUCUUCAAGAACACGGGGCCCGCGAAGGGCAACGUACAGCUGGGGGUCACGGCCUCAUGCGAGGCGCCCACAGGGGACCUGCUGGUGGGCGGCGGUGACGGGUCGCUGCAGGUGCUCCGAACGGUCCCGGAGCCCUCCUCCACCAACCCCAAGCUGCUGCGGAAGAUGCCGGCGCUGGCCGCGACGCGCGUGGAGGGCGCCGUGACGUCCAUCAGCCUCGCCGACAUCACCAGCCGCGCCUUCACCUUCUACGUGGGCACCUCCAUGUGCAACAUCUACAAGGUGUCGUACGAGCCAGCAACCGGCAAGCUCAAGGAGGAGCUCAUCCAAACCGCCCACUCGGAUAAAAUCAACGGCCUGGCCUUCCCGCACGAGUACUCGGAGGUGUUCGCCACCUGCGGCACGGGCUUCAUCCGCCUGUGGCACCUGUCCACCUGCCGCGAGCUGGUGCGCAUCGCGGUGCCCAACCUGGAGUGCUUCUGCAUCGCAUUCAGCACGGACGGCUCCGCCAUCCUGUCGGGCUGGUCCGACGGUCGCAUCCGCGCCUUUGGUCCGCAAUCCGGCAAGCUGCUGUUCACCAUCAACGACGCGCACCAGAAGGCCGUCACCGCCAUCGCCUCCACCUCGGACUCCUCCAAGAUCAUCAGCGGCGGAGAGGAGGGCAUGGUGCGCGUGUGGCGCCUGGGGCGGACCUCGCAGACUCUGGAGGCCUCGCUGAAGGACCACAAGGGCCCCGUCAACUGCAUCCGCAUCAAGGCCGCCGACGACGAGUGCGUGUCCGCCUCCUCCGACGGCUCCUGCAUCAUCUGGGACCUGCACACCUACAAGCGCCGCACCAGCCUCUUCUCCAACACCUUCUUCAAGUCGGUGGUCUACCACCCAGACGAGUCGCAACUUGUCACCACGGGAACGGAUCGCAAGAUCACGUACUGGGACGCGUACGACGGCAACGCCAUCCGCAUCAUCGACGGCAGCGAGGGCGACGAGGUGAACGCGCUGGCGGUGGACCGAGACGGCGAGGCCAUCGUGAGCGGCGGCGGAGACAAGCUGGUCAAACUGUGGGGCUACGACGAGGGGCACUGCUACUUUGUGGGGGUGGCGCACUCGGGGGCCAUUUCGGGCAUUGGUGUCACGCCGGACAAGCAGCGCAUCGUGUCGGUGGGCACGGAGGGCGGCAUCUUCAUCUGGGACUACCAGCGGCCGCAGACGCUGGUGGAUAUCUAGGCGGCGGCAACGAGAUGCGGGGGGUUUAGGGAGAAAGCAAGCCCCGCGAGGUGGGGGGAUGCGGGUGUGGAUGGGGAGCAUGUGCGUGGGGACGGGUAAUGGGGUACGGGGUUGUGUGAUGGAGACAUGUCGUGAUUUGACGUUGUGCAAACGGGCGGGCUGCAGAAGCAGCAUGGCAUGGCAAGGGCAGCCUGGUGGGUGCGGAGGGCUUGGGUUGGUAGGCUCGGGACGACUGGGGAGGUAUGUGCGCAGCUGUGGGGAUGCAUGGGUGUGAGAGGCUGGUAGCCUAGUCAGCGGGCGAAACUCUCCCUCUGGAAGAAGAGGGAGUGGGGCGGAAAUCGCGGAUGUCGACCUGAUACUGUGAAUAGCGACGAGGAAGAGGCGUGGGAUUAUAGAAUGAUUAUUGACAGUUAACAUUUAUACCAUAGCUGUGCGUGGUGUUAGGGGGGGUGGUUUUCAGUGCAACAUGGAGAAAGCAAGUUUACAUAUUGACACAGAUUAUACAGAGAACCUUUGCACUUGACGCCUUAUGUAUCCAGAGGGCAUCGGUACGUUCUAGCCAUGCCUUUUAGUGUCUUGAUUAGGGGCCUGCUUGGUAGCAUGCGCAAGGGGCUUGCUACGUGCUUCAGGGAGGGGUUUGGCGACUGGAUGCAUCGAAUGGUGCGGGUCGACCUGGCCUUGUGAUGGCUUCAGAUGAUGACUUUUACAUGUGCAUGAGGACCUUGUCUCAGGACACCUGCAUUUACCGGUAUGUCCUUACGCUGCUGCUUGCCGUACAAAUACGGUGCAAGUGUUAACAAUCCAAACAUGCUCCUGCUCCU